AUGGCCCCAACGGAGCUAGAACUGAAAAAGCGAAGGACGAGAAAUGACUAUCCAUUCCACUUGGAAUAUCGAACACGAUGGUCCGACAACGAUAUGUACGCCCAUCUAAACAAUACCAUAUACGCCUUUCUCAUCGACUCUAUCGUAAACACUUACCUAAUAAACCACUGCGGCCUAGACCCUUUCUCUGCGCACUCUUCUGCUCCUCCUCCCUGCCCAUCAACCAACCACAGCAUCUCGACUUCCACACGUCCAGAUGCACCCUCCCAAAUUGGACUUGUCGUCUCCUCGUAUUGUGAUUAUUUCUCUUCCGUUACAUUUCCAGAUGUGAUAGACUUAGGCCUGCGCGUUGUCAAACUUGGCAACUCAAGCGCGAUGUAUGAGGUUGGCAUUUUCCGCCGUGGAGAAGCGAUGGUCAAGGCCGUCGGUGGGUUUACGCACGUGUUCGUGGAGAAAGGAACUGAUAUGAAGUUUGCGGCAAGAGGUGGAGGUGGAACGGCAAAACGGAAAAUGGAUUGGAGGAUCCGGGACGGCCUUGAGAGGCUGAUUGUAAAGGAAAAGGCAGUAUCGUCAAAGCUCUGA